AUGUCCUCGUCAAUCUUGCUAGCCCUUCCACACCGACUUCUGGCUCGACCUAGUACCCGUUCUUUAGCUACCUCGUCAUCAUACAUCCAACGACGCAAUGCCGCGUUCUCCCUGCUACAUCGUCCCAGACAUGAUCGCUUAUCGAGAUUUCCUGCGUACGCAACUCAGCUACAACCACAGUCUCGCAUCCCCGUCCCUGCUUCUAGUUGCCAACAGCGUGCCUACGCAGAAUUGAAACCAUCCGGGGGCAAAUCCGAGGCUGAUUUGAUAGUCGAAGAGCUCCAAGAACUAUAUGACAACGCAAAAGACGAAUUCGAAAUCGCCGUCGACAGCACCAACAGCUCAACCAUCUACGCCGCCUCCGACCGUGAAUCGGCACGGGAACACCUCGAUCAGCUCGUCUACGUCUACACCGUGUAUACCGAAAUGACGCGCGCAUCUGCCGCCGCGCCGCCCGGGACGGUGCAGGAAGAGACCGUCUCGCCGAAUUCCGGGCAGGCGAAUGCGGAUCGAUUGGAGGCGGCGACGGGGAAUCCGGCGGCCCAGGGAGGCGUGGGUGAGGGAUUUACUAGUUUCGCUGCGCCGAAUUAUGAUCCUGAGUAUAUCAAGACCGAGGUCAAGGAGGAGGUGAAGAAGAGGGUUGGACAGAGGAUUCGGGAGUUGAGGAGUGCGGUGGAGAGGUUAGAGGAUACGGCGGGGCAUGAGUAG